GUUCCUAAAACUUUAUGAAUCAUAAAUUCAUAAUCGUCGUGAUAAAGCCUCUAAUUACCCAAAAUCGUGCUCAAUUUAGAAAAUAGAAUCUUUUAGUUGUCACCAAACUUAGCAAGUUGGCAUAACCACCAUUUAAUCAUAAUAAUACUCUCUCGACGGCGUCGUUUCGUGCUGGCUUCACUUGAAUUAUUAUUUUUCUGGCUGGACUCAUAUUUUCUCCGGCAAGGAAAAAAGAAAAACAUCACUUUCUUCAAGCGGAUGAAAAAUUCAAAGAUUGAGUCACCACCACCAUAGUAAUAUACGCGUAUGAGUUCCCAGAUGUGAUCUCCAUCCAACGUUGUAUUUCUUUCGUUUUGGUUAUCUUCUUCGGUUCCAUCGAAUUCCAACAAUUCCCAUCGAGGAAUUUGGUUACGAAUCUUUUGAUCUGACUAAACCUAGGGAGCUUGAUCACAAGGAGACUGAAACCAAUGCUAGGAGGAGUCUCUUCAGGUUAGUAGAAUGAGUAGAAAAAGAACGGAAAAUGGCAGUGAAUCAGGACCAGCCACUUCUCAUGUUCCUGUGGAUAGAUUCGGGUUUCUCAAGCAAGAACAUGCCAAUUCGCCUGAGCGUUUUAGCAAGUCUAAAACUACAUCAUCCACUGAUCAUGACAGAGAGGAGAGAAAGGUGAGAAAAUGGAGGAAGAUGAUUGGGGUUGGAGGGAGUGAUUGGAAGCAUUAUGUUAGGAGAAAACCUAAUGUUGUCAGAAGGCGUAUACGAAAAGGGAUCCCUGAUUGCUUACGAGGUCUUGUUUGGCAGUUAAUCUCAGGAAGUCGAGACCUUUUGCUUAUGAAUCCUGGUGUUUAUGAGCAAUUGGUGAUUUAUGAAACAUCUGCAUCAGAGCUUGAUAUCAUUCGAGACAUAUCCCGUACUUUCCCAUCACAUGUUUUCUUUCAGAAGAGACAUGGACCUGGGCAAAGAUCCUUGUACAAUGUCCUUAAGGCAUACUCAGUUUAUGACAGAGAUGUCGGAUAUGUUCAGGGGAUGGGGUUUAUAGCCGGUUUGUUGCUUCUCUAUAUGAGCGAAGAAGAUGCCUUCUGGUUAUUAGUUGCAUUACUUAAAGGAGCUGUUCAUGCUCCAAUGGAAGGACUGUAUCAUGCAGGGCUUCCCCUUGUACAGCAAUACCUGUUUCAGUUAGAAAGCUUGGUAAAAGAGCUAAUUCCGAAGCUCGGAGAACAUUUUACUCAAGAAAUGAUUAAUCCGAGUAUGUAUGCAAGUCAAUGGUUCAUCACCGUCUUCUCAUACUCAUUUCCUUUCCCUUUGGCUCUACGGAUAUGGGAUGUGUUUCUCUCCGAGGGUGUUAAAAUCGUGUUCAAAGUGGGCUUAGCAUUGCUCAAGUAUUGCCAAGAUGAGUUGGUAAAGUUACCGUUUGAGAAACUAAUACAUGCUCUGAAAACUUUCCCGGAAGACGCAAUGAAUCCGGAUACCUUGCUUCCAUUGGCUUACUCUAUCAAGGUAUCAAAGCGUUUGGAAGAACUGACACUGGAGUAUCAGAAGACUAAUGCCAAACCGGUUCAACCGUAGGAAAUCCGGUUGGCAAUAACCUGAACCAGAAGUUGGAUUCGAAUUCGUUUUCUCAUCUUAUCUUUUCUUGUUGGAAUAUAUUCUUUUUUCAUCAUAUUGUCAAGUUGGGUGGGAAUUUCUUAUCAGAAGCUCUCUGAUUGUUUUUAGCAAUUUCGUGGAAAAGAAGAAGGCAUGCUCCAGCUGAUGUAUAGAUAGAGAGAGAGACCAGUGUUCCUAGAGAGAUAUCACUAAUGUGAAAAGUAAAUCAUAUUGUUUAAAGGUAUUUUUAUUCUUUAAGGUUCAUGGUACCAAACUAGUCCAAAAUCUCAGAAUUUUAAAUACGACUUAUGGUUGAACAAAAAAGAUUUGGAAUAAAUAAUUACACACUGGUCAAUAGUGAUUGGUUAUAAUUUUGAUACAUUUUAUUUGUUGAUUUUUGACAAAUGGUGGACAUGAGUCAUGAGUGAGUCACGGGGAGGCCCAAUUUUGUCAUGUAGUGGAGCAGUUGAGAGCCUUUGAGAAAUAGAAUUUGAUUCUUUUAGGCCCCACGGCUACGCUACCGUGACAGCUCGCCUCGAGUUAUCCGCUUCAACGGCACACGUAUCUUCUAAACACGUGUCAAUCUUUGAUUGGUUAAUAUAGCGUGUUGGCC